ACUAACUGGGGGUGUACAUACUAUUAUACUAAUCUGAGAGAUGCCCAGAUCGCCCCGGAAAAAAAAACACAAUCCGAUCAUUCAUCCAACAAUACUGAAGACUGAGACUGCUCUUAGGUUCCUUUUCUUGACGGCAAUGGCAGAAUCCUCACCUUUCACCUUUGCUAACACACACAGUCCAACACCAGCAUCUGGAACCCAGUUUAGUUUGGGCUCGGUUAGGGAAGAUUACAGUGACAGAUGCCACCACAGGCGUGUGGUUUGCGUAAGACGCAAUGCCCAUCGGAGUUCCAGUGCUGUAAAGUCAGUUGAUUUUGUUAUUUCUCAAGAUAAUGUCGCGAACAAGUUCGAGGAUCAGAAAAAUUCGUUGGCUGCUGAUGGGUGGUGCAGUUCUCACAGAGUUAGUGCUUUAAUCUUAGAGACACAAGUGAGGAUGAAUCCAAUUUGACUUAAGCUUCAUAGUUUCAACUCACACUGGCCCUUCGCAAAUGCAGGAAUCGGUCUGAUCUUUAAUGCUGAGAAGGAGAAAGACUCAAUGUUUAAUCAUCAGGAAACAAGCCAGAAAGAGUUCAAUGUGGAAGAGCCUCAUAUAGAGAAAGCAGAGAAAGAGAACAAGUUGGUUUUUCAACAAAAUGGUAUUUGCAUUCCAUUGGAGAACAAGAAAACUGAUGUGACGAGAGAAACAAACCAAGCUCCAGCUUCCCAUUCCCCCUUAUCGGUAACCAUAAUUUCUCGAACUUUAAAGGGGAUACCUCAAAACCCACAUUUUUAUCACCUUCGGGGCUACACUGAUCUCACCAGAAAGCAACUCAUUGCUGGGUGGGAUAGGAUUUUUGAAGAAACAGUUGAUCAAAUUCACUCUUUAAAACCAGCAAAUUUCCAGGUCAAAGUGUGAGAAAUAUGGAAGGCAUUGGAAGAGUUGCAAAGCAUGGGAUACUAUGUAAUUCCUCUUAGGAGAAGAGUCGUGGAGUUAAGUGAUGUAAUGAUGGAACUAAAGUUAACUAAAAGGGAUGUAAAGGGUUUAAAGAUUAAGGCUGAGAAUCACAGAAUAGAGAAGUGUAGGCUUUAGAGUAUAGUCAUGAACUUGCAGCCAAUGACAGUGGCAGAGGAGAAGUGCAUGGAGAGAGCGAUGGCUGAGGCGACUGAGAUGGAAAGGGAUUUGCCUCAAUUUGAUGGUUUCACCUGUUAAUUUUAGUUUUGAUGUACAGCUUAAGUGCAGCAAGACUACUGCACCCCUGAAUUUUGUCCAUCAAACACAUAGGCCCCUGCCUUUUCAAUUCUGAAAGAGACACCCCUUGUGAUUAGCACGGGGGUGGGGUUGUGUUCAGGGAUCUCAAAGCACGGGGGAUGUUACUAUAUUUUAAUGUAGCGGCUUUCUGUGUUUUUACGGUCGAAGUGCAGGGGGUCUCUCUAUGUAUUUUUAGCCUUACUGUUGUUUGCUAAUUUAGUUCUAGUAAUUUAUGCUUUUGUAUCAAGAUUAGGGGAAGGGAAGAAUAUCAGUGCACAAAGCUGUUGCAAAUUUGUCCAGUA